AAUUGGUGCCCGAUUUGGUGGGUUGUUGAUGAUGCUACCCGACACUUUAACGAAGCUUAUGACAAGGGCCUUUCUCCAUAUGAGUUCUGGAGAAUAUGAAAAAGAAGGGCAUUUGUAUGCUCAAAAUUGGCCACAAGACGUUUUCCAGCAAUCAAGUGCUCGAUUGGAAUCAGAGGAAUGUCUAUCAAGUAUAGUUAGUUCUCUUGAAGCUGAAAUGAAAAGUGUGUAGACUGCUCAGAACUCAAAUCCCAGUUGAAUCGACUCGAAGAAUAUCAUGAAUCCUCAAGAGGAGCGCAACCCAUGUUCAGAUAAAGGUGUCAAGCAACAAGCCCUAAAGGUUGAUUUCAAACCCUCUUUUGGUCCAAGAGCAGGUCGAAUACCAAUCUUUACAAGCCCAAGGUUCAGGAGCAUCAGGUAGAAGGAAACCCUGAAGAGAUCUGACCUCUUCCUCAUAAUCCUACACAGAAUUGCAUUCUGGGUAAAUCUAAAAACUGGGCAUCUCUAUUCGCUGCUCAAGGUCCCUCCAGAACAAUGAAACUAGAGUAUUAUCCAGAACUCCAAAAAGGAAAACGUGCGGCUGUGGAGAUUGAGGAAACAGAUCUAGAUGAUCGUAGCUGGAACCACUGUCUUAUUGGGUAUUUUCUAGAUGGCAAGAUGGACUUUACUUUAUUGAAUUCUACAGCCCGCAAGGUCUGGAAGGAUAAAAUAAACUCAGUUAAGCAAAUUGAUUUGCGAUUUCUGCUUGAAUUCAAAGACGAAGAAGAUGGCCCUUAUUUCUUUUCACAAAGAUAUUUAGUCCUACAAAAUUGGCAUCUUAUGAUGCUCCCGACCAAAGAUCAACCUUCAAAAAUUCCUGCGUGGGUCAAGAUGCUUGAGCUUUCUCUUGAGUUCUGGACAGCAGAGAGUUUGUGCAAGAUAGCAAGCAUCAUUGGGAGUGAGUUAGCCGAUGAUAUUCAAGUCACGGUCAAUGGGCAAUCUGUAGUAGUUGUUCUACAUUACCAGUGGCUCCCUCCCAUAUGUUCAGAAUGCAAAGUGUUUGGACAUCCUCAAGGGUCAUGCAACAAACAAACUAACCUCCAACCCUCUAAUGAGGAAUAUUGGCAAGUGGUUAGCAAAGGUAAAGGCAAGACUUCUGCUGAUUCUGUUAGGCAAGUGGUAGAUGAGGGUCCUUCCUCCUCUUCCUCUCUGUCAGUGCUAGAUCCCACAGUUGAGCCUGUUGGUAUCCCAAUUUCCCCAGUAAACACUCUACAAAUGAGAAAUGCAUAGGGAACCAUUGUAGAGACAUUAGAUACUGAUAUUCUUCCUUUAACUUAGGAAGUACCAAUAUUAACAAUUGAAAUAAUAAGCCUCCCUUCAGGGUCAUUGGCUUCAGAGGAGGUCAUCGUUGGAAGUGAGGUCUAGGAUGAUUUGCUCCCAAAACCACCUGACUCCAAAGGCAUAGAGGACACAACUCCAAAUGCCAAAUUGACCAAUGGUGGAUCAAAAAAAGCAGGAAACGGUGGAAGUAAUAGGAGCAAAUCAAAAGGCUCCUCUAAUCGCAAAGGGAAGUAACUCCUUUCCCUUUUUUUGUUGUCCUAUAUUAAAUAACACUCAGCUUUUAUCAGUGCGUAUUGUUUAUCCUCAUAAGCUUAGAGUCUUUUGAUACUUCAUAUUUUCAAUUGCUUCUUAAAAUACUUUGAUAUCUAGCACACCACUGCAUUUUGGGCUCUGGAACAUCAGGGGUCUUAAUGAUCCAAUCUAACAAAAAGAGGUUAAGUCUUUUGUCAAGAAUAACAAGCUAUCUUUAAUGGGUUUGAUUGAGCACAAAAUCAAGGAGCCUAAAUCCAUUUUGAGUGUUUGGAUCCUUGUUCCCACAAUGGUCCUCUAUCUUUAAUUUUGAUUAUGCCCAAUUGGCAGGAUUUGUGUGAGUUGGGAUCUUCUUGUUCCUGCCCUUAAGGUACCAAGUCAAUUGGACCAGCUCAUUCAUUGUGAUAUUCAGGCCCUGGAUGGAAGUUUUCAAUUAUUGGCAACCUUAGUAUAUGGAUCAAAUAGCUAUUUAGAGAGGACUGAUUUGUGGUCCUCCCUCUCACAACUUAAGAGCAACAGUCCUUGGAUAGUGCUUGGUGACUUUAAUGCUCUUUUAGGUACCCUUCUGACAAAAUUGGUGGUGAUGGUAGUUGGGCCUCACAUAUGGAUGAUUUUAACACGUGUCUCCUCACCACUGGACUUGAUGACCUUCGCUACUCUGGUUGUCACUUCACUUGGUCCAACAAACAAGAACCUAGUAGGUUUAUAUCCACUAAAAUUGACAGAGUGUUGGCUAAUGAAAAUUUGGUUAAAACUUUUACGUGUGCAGUGCACAUUUUCCCACGCCUGGGAUCUCUGAUCACUCUCCGGCAGUGGUGUUCCUCACCCCUUCCCUUAAAUCAUCUAUUAAACCAUUCAAUUUUUUUUUUGCCUUUUUUUGUUUCUCAUGCAGUUUUUCAAUUAAUACAUGAAUUCAACUUAUUAUAUUCUUCUCCAACUUUUAUCUUUUUAUUGUUUUGAAACUAGAUCAAGACUCUACGCACUUCUAAGUUGAUAGUCUUUUGGUAAUUCAAACCCAAUCUUAGCAUAUUUUAGGCAUUUACCCAAAAUAGUUGUUCUGCUAUGCAUGAUUGAAUUCUCUUUUAAGAUAUUUGUAUUUGCUUAUUGUUUUUACUUGGCAUGGCAUGGAGUUUAGUCUAAGGUCCAUGAAAUUCAUAAUUUCGCAUUGUUCGGUGUAGAUAAUUUGAUGACUAAAUGAUAAGUGAAUAUGAUUUUGAUUUCGUUCAUAAAAGGAACUGUUCUCAAAACUUGAUCAUUUCCAAUCAUUCCUUUGGUGUCUCGAUCAAUUUGUUGCUAAAGAACUUAGAAUUUACAUUUGAGCGGGUUAAGAAACAUAUGUUCUCACCCUGCAUAAUUUAAUAAUUUAAUCCCUUUUUCUUCUCUGUAGAUUGUGUUUUUGGAUCCGACUUGGGAGUCGAUCUAUGGGCAUCAAUCGAAGGAAUAAACUCCAAGGGGGUUGAUUUGGGGACCGAUUUAGGUGGGGAGGGAGUGUUUUGGCGGUCCGAUUUAGGGAUUUUUUUGAAGGCAGAUUUGGGAUGUGAGUUAGGGGCCAUAUGAGUCGAGCUUUUUUUUUGGGUGUAGUUAGCUCUUUUUUUAAUUUUAUUUUUAUCAGCAUUGGGUAGUUAGCUCUUUGCUAGCUGUAUUUUUUUUUAAUCUUUUCUACUUAAAAAAUUUCAAGGGACUCAGAGAUAGGUUGACAAUUUGUGAGUAGCAGCAGUAAGAGUAUUGUGCUAUUGAUUUCAAUUUUUUGUCCUUGUGAUGAAUGAAAGUUUUCUUUGCCGAUAAAAAAAGACAUGCAAAAAAAUGCAUUAUCUUAUUUCUAUAAAUCAUGAACUUUGGUUUGAUAUUGUUUGGUCGUCCCUUAUUUAUUUGGACGAAAAAAGACACUCACAUAAUGAUAAUGUAGUUAUCAAAAAUUAAACAUAGUGGUGAGUUCUUAUUUUCAUCACUUCAAUUAGCGCUAAAAGAGUGAUCUCAUACACCUAUUUUAGUUACAGACGUAUGUCUUGAUCUUAAACUGUCUUUGCUUUUUUUUUUUUUUUAACUCAUGCACUGGCUUUAUGCCAGUAUUAUUUUAAGUAUAGAGACGUUAUUGCCUUUUUCUUGUUCUCUCACCCCCUUUCCCCUUCUCUCUCUGUCUGUAUACCUACACAACCACUGAAACCCUAACCACUAUCAGUACCUAGUCUCCAUCAAUUUUCACGACGUCUCACCUACCGGAGGAAGUCAUUGCCGACAUACUCUGCUGAUUACCCGUAAAACACCUCGUCCAAUUCAAGCUAGUAUCCAUACCUUGGCAAUCCAUGAUCGAAAGCCCUAAUUUCGUCAAACUCCACCUCAACUGCUCGAUCGAGACCAAAUCCAACCAAACCCUAAUCUUACGAGAGGAGCAGCUCUACUCGGUCGACUUAGAUUCGCUCAACUGAACCUUCGCUGAUGCCGUGAAGCUCGACCGCCACCUGCUGAGGUGCCAGGACUACGGGACCGAGGUAUGGGGCUCUUGCAAUGGCAUAGCGUGCUUGUCUAAUUCGUUAGAUGCCAACUUUUUAUGGAACCCUUCGAUUCAAAAAUCACGUAGGUUGCCUUACGCAGCAACAUGAGGGGGGGGGGGGGGGGGGGGGGGGGGGGGGGGGGGGGGAGAGAGAAAUUGGACGUGCAAUAGGUGAUUCAAACUAUUUUAUUGAGGAUCCCUCUAGUUUUCCAAAUUUGCUUGACCAUUUUUCGGAUUAGGGUAAGUGGGGGAGAAGAGGGAUUAGGGUUAGUGAGGGAGGAGCAUUUAUAGGAGGGCUGGUGAGACCUCCAAUUUGGUGGGAAAAUUGGAUCUGGAUAGGGGAUUUAGGGCAGGGCAUUUCAUUCGGAUCUAGGUAGGGAUUUUGGGUUUCGGUACUUAAACGGGUUUCAGGCGUUGGGCAAACCAUUUAUAAAUUUUUCUACGAUCAUUUUGUGGCAUUGUUGGGUUUCUUGACUCUCGAGUCUCGAAGGAAUCCUAAAACUUCGACUAAGUGAGCAGAAUACCCAAUACUCGAAUGUGAUAACUGAAUUUGCUUCUCAUGCUGCAUAUUGUUUCCAUCAGGGCUGCAUUUGGGCAGUAAAAAGGGUUCCCUAUAUGUAUUUUCCAUUACUGAUGUUAUUGCUAUUGUUGGAGUUUGUCCCACAUCGGUAAAUUAUCUUCUCCAAAACUAGUAUAUGAGCCUGGGCGGCCUCUCCACUCUUUGCCAAUAGGUUUGGAGUUGGAUGCUUUAACAACUACUUUUAUAUGUAAAUUCCGGUACUAAUUUGUCUGAACAUCUUCAUUUGCUUUUGGUUAGUUAUUCAUGUUGCUCGAAAGUGAAAGUUGGUUUCAGAUAAGCUUAAGGCCACCGUCAAUCUUGAUAGAAAGUUUCAUCAUCAUGGAAGGGCUGGCUCCAUUGAUAGUGUUGCUAUUUCUGCUGCUACUCGCAAUUCAUCAGUUGGGCCAUUAGAUUUAGGGUUUCAGGUCUUGUAGAGGUUUGAGAACGAUGGUGUCAAUGAGAAGAUUGGUGUUGAGACUUUUACAAUCGAUGCGGAAAAGCUCGAAGAAGAAGCAAAGCUUGUCGUUCGAGAGUAUUCGGUUUCC